AGGAGCCUCUAUCCUUCUCUAUGGGUGAAUCAAAGAUGGACGUUGGUGGUAAUGGUGGUGGAUUGAUUGUUGUCAACAAUAAACAGAGGGCUAUGUUACCUAACAAAAGUAGGGGUGAAUUCGUCCGAAAUCAAAGAAAAGACUCGGAGGGCUUCUCCGAGUCUCCAGACCUUGAGUUUGAGUAUGCAGAUACUGACAGGUGGUCUGCUGAACUGUCAGAACUAUAUAGUUACACCGAAGGACCAGAAUUUAUUCUCAAUAGAAAAUGCUUUGAGGAAGAAUUCAGAAGUCACGUGUCUGACAAUAAAUGGACUGAGCUGGACCCGGCUCAGCGCAGAGCUCACGCCAUGCGUCUGCUGGAUGGAUUGGAGGUGAUAGCCAGGGAGAAGAGGCUGAAGGUGGCGAGGGCCAUCCUCUACAUGGCUCAGGGGACGUUUGCGGAGUGUGGCUCUGAGGCGGAAGUGCAGCACUGGAUGAGGUACAACAUCUUCCUGCUGCUGGACGUGGGCACUUUCACUGCCCUGGUGGAGCUGCUCAACAUGGAGAUCGAUAACAGUGCUGCCUGUAGCAGUGCGGUCAGAAAGCCAGCCAUCUCCUUGGCUGACAGCACAGACCUCAGGGUGCUGCUCAACAUAAUGUACCUUAUGGUGGAGACCAUCCAACAGGAGGACCUAGCCGACCCACCUGAGUGGAGGGCCACCCGGGAGACCUUCAAAACAGAGAUGGGCUCUCCUCUGUACAACAAUGAGCCCAUCUCUGUCAUGCUCUUUGGUAUGGUGACCAAGUUCUGCAGUGGCCACGCCCCCCACUUCCCCAUGAAGAAGGUUCUGCUGCUGCUGUGGAAGAGCAUUCUGUUUACUCUCGGGGGCUUUGAGCAGCUCCAGAACAUUAAGGUGCGUAAGCGGGAAGAGUUGCACCUCCCCCCCCUUCCAGAGGACAGUAUCCGGGUCAUCAGGAGCAUGCGGGCCGCCUCGCCCCCCGCCUCUGCGUCUGACCUCAUCGAACAGCAGCAGAAACGGGCACGCCGCGAACACAAGUCUCUGAUUAAACAGGACAACCUUGAUGCCUUCAAUGAAAAAGACCCUUACAAGUCAGAUGACCCCCGUGAAGAUGAGGAUGACAACGACGACAACGACACCUCCAUGGACACAGAGCCUUUCCCCUUGGAGCGAGAUGAGGUCAUGCCCCCACCCAUCCCACACCCCCCCUCUGAGAGGGUGAACUUCCCCAAGGGGCUGCCCUGGGCCCCUAAAGUCAGGGAGAAGGAUAUCGAAAAUUUCUUGGAGUCAAGUAGAAGCAAAUUUAUUGGCUAUACACUUGGAAAUGACACUGAUACAGUUGUGGGUCUGCCCAGACCCAUCCAUGAAAGCAUCAGGACCUUGAAGCAGCAUAAGUACAUCUCCAUAGCUGAGAUUCAGAUGGCCAAGGAGGAGGAUUUUCAGAAAACACCACUAUCAGGGGGGGAAGAGGAUGUGGAGAUGUCCUCCACUGAAUUAUUGUACCAGGGCAUUCUUCCCAGCUUGCCUCAGUAUAUGAUUGCCCUGCUGAAGAUCCUGCUGGCAGCUGCCCCCACCUCCAAGGCCAAGACCGACUCCAUCAACAUCCUAGCCGAUGUGCUGCCAGAGGAGAUGCCGACCACGGUGCUCCAGAGCAUGAAGCUCGGUGUGGAUGUUAACCGCCACAAGGAGAUCAUCGUUAAGGCCAUCUCUGCCAUCCUGCUGCUUCUCCUCAAACACUUUAAACUCAAUCACAUCUACCAGUUUGAGUACAUGGCUCAGCACCUGGUGUUUGCCAACUGCAUUCCUCUCAUUCUCAAGUUCUUCAACCAGAACAUCAUGUCUUACAUCACAGCCAAAAACAGUAUUUCUGUGCUGGACUUCCCUCACUGUGUGGUGCACGAGCUCCCGGAACUUACUGCGGAGAGUUUGGAGGCUGGAGACAACAACCAGUUCUGUUGGAGGAACCUGUUCUCCUGUAUCAACCUGCUGAGGAUUCUCAACAAGCUGACCAAGUGGAAGCACUCCAGAACUAUGAUGCUGGUGGUGUUCAAGUCUGCUCCUAUCCUGAAGAGGGCGCUGAAGGUCAAACAGGCCAUGAUGCAGCUGUAUGUCCUCAAGCUGCUCAAAGUUCAAACCAAGUACCUGGGUCGCCAGUGGAGGAAGAGCAACAUGAAGACCAUGUCUGCCAUUUACCAGAAGGUCCGCCAUCGCCUCAACGAUGACUGGGCAUAUGGUAACGCAGACCUGGAUGCCAGGCCUUGGGACUUCCAGGCGGAGGAGUGUGCUCUGCGCGCCAACAUUGAGCGCUUCAACAGCCGCCGCUAUGACAAGAACCAGAGCAACCCUGACUUCCUGCCCGUCGACAACUGCCUGCAGAGCGUCCUGGGACAGCGCGUCGACCUGCCGGAUGACUUUCAGAUGAACUAUGACCUCUGGCUAGAGCGAGAAGUCUUCUCCAAACCCAUAUCCUGGGAGGAGCUACUGCAAUGAGAGCAGGGCUGGGGGUGGCUGGUGGUGCUAUAGGUUGGUUAUCCUCACACACCCGCCCAAAGGGGCAGCAAUUGUCUUCAUCCCCAAUCUAUAUGUAAUGUUGCUGAAUAAACCCACAUGUUCCUUAAAGAUAGCAUUCAUAGAGCUCUGCAUUUGGUUCAGAACUUGUGGAGAACGAGUCCCCAUUACAAGCAUUAUCCGUGUGUUCCCACCUCAUUGCAGAAAGGAAUUCCAGUCAGUAAAGGAUCUGGGAGGGAUUUGGUUAACGGUGGACCUGGCUCACUGCCCCCUCCCAGUUAGACCAAUCAACUGUAAUCCCUGAAUCCAGGCACUAGACCACUAUUUCUUUAGCCUGGUCUGGAUCCAGUAUAGAACCGUUUUUACAGCUGGACUUUUUCUAGAAUGCUGUAGGUCUAAACAGCCUUAUCUAAUCGCCCUGGGUAGGGAUGUAAAUCCAUUAUGUUCCGUUCAUUACACAAUUAACCCCACAUACCCAAACUGCCAUGGUGCUGCUCGCCUGGCUGUUGGACCAGUACUCUGCCCUUAAAGCACUACAGUACACAAUAAGAAGUGCAAAGUAAGAUGUGUGUAUGUGUGUGUGUGUGU